AUGUCUCAAGGCGUCGUUACUGUUCCCACUGCCUCCCUCCACGGAAAGGUCGCUCUCAUCACCGGUGCUGGCCGUGGUAUCGGUCGAGGUUGUGCCAUUGAACUCGGAAAGCGUGGUGCCAGCGUCGUUGUCAACUACCAGAGCAGCAAGUCCUCCGCUGAUGAGGUCGUGAAGNAGAUCGAGGCCACCGGCAGCGGUGCCAAGGCCAUUGCCAUCCAGGCCGAUGUCAGCAAGGUUGCUGAGAUUGAGCGUCUGUUCCAGGAGACCAAGAAGCACUUUGGCAAGAUCGACAUUGUCAUGUCCAACAGCGGUACCGAGUCCUGGGACAAGACUGAGGAGAUCACUGAGGAGAAGUACGACCACGUCUUCAACCUGAACGCUCGCGCCCAGUUCUUCGUUGGUCAAGCUGCCUGGAAGCACCUCGAGGACAACGGUCGUUUGAUCCUUAUGUCCUCUAUCGCUGCUGGUCUUCUUGGUGUCCGCGACCACGUCCUUUACAACGCUUCUAAGAUGGCCGUCAUUGGUAUGAUCAAGGCCUUCGCUACCGACUUCGGUAAGCGUGGUAUCACUGUCAACGGUGUUGCCCCCGGUGGUAUCAAGUCCGACAUGUUCACCUCCAACGCAUGGCUCAAUGCUAACUACCUUCUAGNNCACUACAUCCCCGGUGGUACACCCGAGUGGCCCGCCGAGAAGAUCGAGAAGCUCAUGGCCGACCACUGCCCUCUUGGCCGUUGCGCCGUCCCCGAGGAUGUCGCCCGUGUGGUGGCCUUCCUUGCCAGCGGCGACGGCAACUGGGUCAACGGCCAGGUCAUCACUAUCUCCGGUGGUUCUUCCCAAUAA